AUGGCCUUCGAAGAUAUCUUCGGCUCCCCCACCUCUCCGGCGACCAGCCCCACCUCCUCAGCUGCCAUCUCCUCUGGGACCUCCCCCACUGCUCCGGCUACUUUCUCUGCCACCACCGCUGCUCUCUCCACCACCGCUGCCCCCUCCACCGCCAUCGCUCCCUCCUCCGGCCGGUCCCCCCUCAACAUCCACCAUGACCACAUCUCCAACUACAUCAAGUCCAAGUUGGAUCCAGCCGAAAACAACUUUUCCAAGUGGCGCACCUUCUUCCGCAUGGUCCUCCUUCGGUACCGCGUCCAGGAUCACGUCGACCGCCCUCCUCCAUGUACCGCCGAUGCCGACUGGCUCGCGGUCGACCAACGCCUCGUCCUGUGGAUGCCCUUCACACUGGCCGAUCCUCUUCUGGAGCUCAUCUCCGGCGGUGUUCUUGACGCCUACACCGCCUGGCAGCGCAUCGCCGACUAUUUUCUGGCCAACCAGGGCGCCCAGAUCCUCCACCUCACUCGCCGGUACCGGAACCUACAGCAAGGUGAUCUCCCCAUCGUCGAGUAUGCCCGCCGCCUCAAGGCCCUGGCGGACGGCCUGGCGGACGUGGGCGCCGCCGUCAGCGACAACGACCUCACCAUGCAGCUUCUUCACGGCCUCGCCCCUCGCUUCGAGACGAUCCGCAUCGUGCUGGGCGACACCAACUCGCUCCCGCCCUUCGGCGUCGUUCGCUCGCGCCUCGAGCUGGCAGAGUACCACCUCUCCCUGCGCACGGCCACCGACGGCGCCGCCGCUCUCUCCAUCCCCCAUGGCGGCUCCGGCGGAUCAGGUGGCGACGGUGGUCCCGGUGGCUCUGGCGGUUUCGGUGGCUCCGAUGACCGCGGCGGCUCGCGCCCUUCUUCUGGCGAUCGCGCCGGUCCUGACGGCGCCCACGGGCGUGGCGGCGGCUCCCGCGGUGGCUCCAACGGUGAGCGCGGCCGUGGCCGUGGCCGCGGGCGUGGUGAAUCGUCUGGUCGCGGCGCUCCAUCGGCGCCCACCGCCCCAUUCACGGGCUACUUCGCCCCGUACGGCAUGGCGCUGCUGUCUCCCCGCCCCGGCUGGUCUGCACCCAACGCCGCAGGCGUGCUCGGUCCUCGUCCGGGUGUCCACUCGCAGGCCUAUCCGGUCAUGCUCUCUGGGCCUUCGCCGCCAUACUCCGCGCCGGCCGGGCAGCUGCAGUUCCAUCCGCCCGCGCCCUCCUGGGAUCAUGCCGCCCUCUUCAAUCACGCCGCCAACCAGUCGGGCUUCCCCUCCAACGAGUGGUACAUGGACACCGGCGCCUCAUCUCACGUAACGGGCAACCAAGGAUCUUCGCACUCAGACGGUACUCAUGACGUCCAGUAG